UAUUAUAGCUCAACGUGAGAAGAUGGAGGGUGCAGUGAUUCGGAGCAUCAUUGGUUUUCUUGGAAAACAAAUGUCUACCGCAGUGCGCGAGGAAGACACUAGUGGGAGAGGACAGAGCGGGGGAGAAAAUGUUGACACUGCCAAUUCUGCGGGACCGUUGCUAUCACCUAAAGAACAUGGAAAUCAAUCAGGUGGGGCGUGGUCGCCACUAACAAGGAAAGAGCCAUUGCUACACGGUGAGGACAACGAUAGCCAAUUACGAGCGGACGAGGUAAUAAACAAGGUGAUCAAUGAUGUUCAAGAGUUCUCAAUCCCAAAUGAUUUAACGGCAACAGAGAAUAGUCACAACCUCCCUUUGGGCGUAGCUACAGAUCACGAAAGCGUGGAACAUGUUGUGGUUACGGAAGUGGAAGGAUUUAACGUCACCCCCAUAGUAUCUCAGGAGCACACAUCCCGCAUUGCUCAACUGCCUACAGUCGAUGAAGAAGAGACACUAGCCGACACCGAGGUAUGCUCACGCCCAAAUUAGAUCAUAAACAUUCACGUAGUUGCUAAUUAAUUUUAGCUUGGAAGCUGAGUACAUAAAGUUACCAUUUUCCCAGAUC